AUUUUUUAUUUUGUAGACAAGUGCAGGUGGUGUCUCUGUCCAUUAUUUUCAUGGGGCAACCUAAGUACCUAACUUUCUUGUUUUCUCGUACACGCGCCUCACAAAAAUCUGGUACUUUUCCAUGUCCACAUUAUAUUUUAGGUGUUUGUGACAAAGAAGAAGAGAGAAUCACUUUCAUACGAAAUUUGUACACCAGAUUUGUGAUUGAAGGUUCUCCUUCUUAUGUUUCUGAAAACACUAUUGACAUAUGUUGUUGAAAAUGCAAUACCAUUUAUCAAUAGCUACCAAAGUUCUCCUCCUCUUUCUCUUUUCUACGAACUUCAAUUGUUCAAACACUCAGUCAUGGAUCAAAGCCGGUUACCAUUACACAGGGGUUGAUAAUCGAUUCUUUGUUUCUGACAUAGAUUCCACAUUGUUCACUCACCUUAUAUGUGGUUUUGCCCAUAUAAACUCUUCCACUUACCAGCUCUCAAUCGACUCCUCCACCCAAAAAGAUAUCUCCUCUUUCACAGAUUUUGUCAAGCGCAAAAACCCAGAAGUCACAGCCUUGCUAUCCAUCUGGGGUGGAGGCGAAGACUAUUCAGUGUUAUUUUCAUUGCUGAACCAGUCUUCUCACCGGAGAUCUUUCAUUGAAUCUUCAAUAAAGACAGCUAGACUUUAUGAGUUUGAUGGGCUAGACCUUACAGGGGCCGUGCCAAGAACAAGCAUGCAUACCACAUCUUUGGGAACAUUUCUAAAUGAGUGGCGUGCUGCGGUGGAUUCUGAAGCAAAAAAGCCAGGAAAGUCAGGUUUGCUCUUGACAAUGGCACUUCAUCAUCAUAUGCAGGUUAUGGACACCGUCACUUAUCCGAUUGACUCAAUUAAGAAGAACUUGAAUUGGGUUCAUCUUCUGGCAUAUGAUUACUAUCUUCCUAAACAGGAAAACUUCACACACCCUCAUGCUGCUUUAUAUGACCCAAUAUCAAAUGGGACUAACACGAAUAGUCGUGUUAAGGACUUGAUAAGCAGAGGACUACCUGCUAGCAAGCUGGUUUUAGGCUUGCCUUACCAUGGUUAUGGUUGGACUCUUGUGAAUCCCAACGACAAUAAUGUUGGUGCAGCGGCAUCAGGUCCUGCGGUUACCAUAGACGGGUCCAUGGCCUACAAGUUAAUCAAAUGGUUCAUUAAGACAUAUGGAUAUGGUGCAGUUCCUACGUACAAUGACACUUAUGUGGUGAAUUACUGCACAAUUGGGUCAAGUUGGAUUGAUUUUGAUGAUGUAGAGGCUAUCAGAGCGAAAGUGUCUUAUGCUAAGAAGAUGGGGCUUCUUGGCUACAAUGUGUUUCAAGUUGGCAAUGAUGACAAUUGGGUGCUCUCUAGGGCAGCAGCUCAAGAUGAAGGAGGUCAACAGAACAAGAAACGGUUAUUGGUCAUUGUUCUGGUCACAAUUGCUAUGAUUAUUAUCCUACUGGGAACAAUGAUGUGUUACCUACAAAGGAGAGUACUCAAGUCAAUUGGGAUUACAGACAAUAUCAAAAGAUCAGUUUACAGGCUAUUGAAUAUAGUUCCAGGUACAGACAGUUUUGACAGCAAUGCUCCUAAUCUGCAAGUAUUCAGUUACACAACUAUCAAAGCAGCUACAAAUAACUUUUCGAGUCAGAAUAAGCUUGGAGAGGGUGGCUUUGGCCCUGUAUACAAGGGUACAUUAAGGAAGGGUCAGCAAAUAGCUGUGAAAAGACUUUCGAAAACUUCAAACCAAGGCCUUGAAGAGUUUCAAAAUGAGGUUACACUUACUGCAACACUGCAUCAUGUGAAUCUAGUUAGAGUUCUGGGAUAUUGCACCAAAAGGGAAGAAAAGAUGCUGAUAUAUGAGUACAUGCCAAAGAAAAGCUUGGAUCACUACCUCUUUGAUCCAAGUAGUUGUAAUCUUUUGGAUUGGGAGCAACGUGUCCACAUCAUUGAAGGGGUAAUUCAAGGGCUUCUAUAUCUCCAAGAAUACUCAAACUCUACAAUAAUUCACCGUGAUCUGAAAGCAAGCAACAUUCUGUUAGAUGAUGAGAUGAAACCGAAAAUAUCAGAUUUUGGUCUAGCCAGAGCUUUCAGAAAGAAUGAACAUGAGGCAAACACUGGUCGCAUUGUAGGAACAUAUGGCUAUGUUCCCCCUGAAUAUGUAAGAAGAGGCAUUUAUUCCAUGAAAUACGAUGUUUACAGCUUCGGUGUUCUGCUUCUGCAUAUCAUAAGUGGCAAGAGAAGUUCAUGUUUUUAUGGCUUAGAUGGAAAUUUAAACAUUCUAGAACACGCAUAUGAAUUGUGGAAAGAAGGCCAAGGCAAGGAUUUCAUAGAUCCAACCCUUGAUGAUUCGACUUCGUCUUGCAAGCUCUUAAGAUGCAUGGUGGUAGCCUUAUUAUGUGUCCAAGAAAAUCCAGUAGAUAGACCAUCCAUGCUGGAGGUUUCUUCGAUACUCAAGAGCGAAAGUGCGGCCAUCAUUAGUCCUAAAAAGCCUGCUUUCUCAGUUACGAAGGAUGAAGAUGAGGAUCAUAUGUACAAAGAAAUCUAUUCAGUCAAUGAUGCAACAAUGUCCGAAAUUGUGCCCCGAUGACAAUUCUUUCUGAAACAUAACAUGUAAAGGAUCUGUAUAGUAAUUUCUUCUGUUACAAUAUGUUACAUCUAUAACUGAUUUCCUUGUUUAACAUCUCUUUCUUUCUUUC